GCAGCCCAGUAUGCAUGUGCACUGUCGGUAUAUGUACUCCGAAACAACACAGGAAGAAAGGAGCUUGUGGCAAAACUUAAAGGUCUGGAAGCCAACGUGAGUGCCGGACGAAAAUGAGAGCCCAUACCGAUGCUCCUGUCUCAGCGCUGCCAUUUCUACAACUGAAGACUAUUGGUGACAUUCAGCCCGGAACGUCACGGAGGAGAGAGCGUGUGGGCGGGGCUAGCGCGCGCACGCACAUGCACAUGCACACACACACACACACAUACACACACACAAAAGUACGAACUAAAGAAAGAUUUCACUUUAGCUUUCCAGGUCACACUCGUUGGCCGUUUGUGCCCCCAGAGCUUCCAGCCUGUAUUUAUCUUGUCUUUGAUCUGUUUUUGCUCUGGGUUAGGUCCAAGUUUCCCUCCUCCAACUGGAUUAUGAGUGUAGGUGGCAGAAUUUGGUUCACGACAGAACUACUAACUUACACCUAAGUGGAACAUUGGCUCGUCAAGGAGGAUCAUCUCUUUUGGAGGCUAAUGCAGAUGGUGUCCAUCGCUCUCUGCAGUGAAAUGGAGACAGAUCCAUCUUGUGAAGAGAAUAAAGACACUGCAGUGCAGCCCACAGAGCCUGAGGUAAGAGAGGCCGUUUUGGAGUUUGUUGACAAGGACAGUCACACCGAGCCUGCAGAGAAAGGCGAGGAGCUGCAAAGACAAGAGCAGGCUGAAACGGAGAGCUGUGCAGGACCGAGUAAAAGCACUGAGAUAAAAAGCCCCUGUGAUCCCGAGCGAGAAGGUGGAGAGACAGAAUGCAAGGAACGGAGGAAACUGAAAAAAACAAACAGCUGGAAGAUGGUAAGAUUUCAAGACCCAUCAGAAGAAGAGGAUGUGUUGGAGAGGGACAGCUCAGCAGAGAGUCUCUUUACAGAAUAUGCGACAGAGGAGUGGACUUCCUCGACCUUUGAGGAGCUGUUUAUGGCAGAGGACUGGCAGGACAUCACAGAGGACCGUCUGCUGAGGAAGAAGGUCCUGAAGCCUGGGGACCUGCACGCCCUGUGCCCCACCUGGGGCCAGGAGGUUACUGUGAAGAUGCAGUGUGUCCUGGAGGACCGCACUGUGGUGGAGAAGGACUGCAAGCUUGUCUUUGUUAUCGGAGAGGGAGAUGUAAACCAGGCCCUGGAGGAGUGUGUCAUAUCCAUGCAGAAGGAUGAGAUCACAUUACUGAUGGCAGAUUCACAGUAUGCUUAUGGACUUUUGGGAAGAGAGCCUGAUAUUCCAGCCUGGGCUCCUUUACUCUACCAGCUGCAGCUUCUGGAUAUUAGAGAGAAACCAGACCCAUUAACUCUGCCCAUCGCAGACCGCAUUCGCAUCGGCAACCAGAAACGAGAGCGUGGAAACUUUCAUUUCCAGAGAGAGGAAUACAGCAUGGCUGCCAGAGCCUAUUGUAUGGCUCUGGAUGUGCUAACCACUCGCAGCUCAGAUGGUAGCGAUGGCGGCAUGGAGGCAGAAGAGGAAGAGGUGAGGGACUACCGGGUGAAGUGUUUGAACAACCUGGCCACCUCUCAGCUCAAACUGGAGCAGUACGACGAAGCGCUGCACACCAGCCGGGAUGUUCUGAUCCUCGAGCCGAACAAUGUCAAAGCCCUCUUCAGGGCGGGAAAGCUCCUGUCAGACAAGGGUGAAUACAAAGAGGCAAUGGAGGUGCUAAAAAAGGCCUUGAAACUAGAGCCGGCCACCAAGGCGAUCCACGUCGAGUUAUCUAAACUUGUUAAAAGGCAAUCAGGAGGCAAAGACACCCAAGAAUGGAAAGCCAAACCUGCAGAGAUGCUUGGAGACAAUAUCACACCUUUUCUGAUUCCUUCUAAGAAGAAACCAUCUGGAAUUUCCUGGAAGUUGUUACUCGGAGCUCUGGUGGUGGCCUUGGGAAGCUUAGUGACGUCAGUGGUUCUAACUGCAAGACACUGAAAUCAUCUGCUGGUAACACUUUGAAAAUCACCAUCAUCAUCAUCAUCUGAAUGAGCAGAGUUUGAUCUACAGUCCUCUUUAGUCAGUUCAUUUGAAAAGAGUUGGUACUCAUGAGAAGGUACGCACUGCAGCAGCACCAGAGCCUGAACUUGUAUUUAUGAGAGUUUCACAUGGUAGAAAAAUGUUGUCACUGAAGAGUGAAGUAUUUAUGAAAACCAGAAUAGUGCAGCAUCGGGUGUAUUCACAACAGCAGAAGAGAUUUCUGCUGAUCGAUUUGACAGAAGUUUCUAACAGUCAUUUUUCCAGUUACAUCUGUUUUAUUUGGAAACGGAUUUAAAUUUCUUUUUGUCAUAAAAAACGGGCCCUGGAAAAUGUUCUGGUAUCAUGGCUAAGAAAAAAAAAACAUUAGAAUAAAAAGAAAAAAAUAGUGGAUCUUUUGUAAAG